UCUCUCUCUCUCCCCAUACAUACAUACGAAUUUUCUCUCUCUUUCUAUGGGUUGAUGGUGAGAGCUUCAGAAGUUUGUUAAUGGAGGUGGUGGGUUAUGGCCAUGUGGAUCCUAACAAAUAUAUGUUCUGAACAUUAAUUUUGCUGAAGAAGUUCUUGUGAUCAAAAAAUUCUGAGGUUGAUGAGAAAAGUCAUCAAUAGGUCCAUUUUGAUCACUGUCUUCAACAGCAACCAACACAAGUUCUUCAACUGAAAAUCGAAAAAAAUGGUGGUGAUAGAGCCUGAAAUUAUGUCCAAAAGUGAGGUUGAUUCGCCAUUACAAUUCGACCAACAGCCCAAGAACCAUGCAUUCCCGUCGCUGGGACGACAGUCAUCAAUUUACUCACUCACCCUCGAUGAGUUCCAGCACACGCUCUGUGAGAGCGGCAAGAACUUCGGGUCCAUGAACAUGGAUGAAUUUCUCAACAGCAUUUGGACUGCAGAAGAAAACCAAGCCCAAGCCCAAACCAACUCCAAUCCCACCACCACUGCCACCGUCACCGCCACAAACAUAAGUAGCAAUAACAAUAUGCAGUAUUUCCCCAGUGAGGGUUCGACAGAUAGGCGCAUUGCUAGACAACUCAGCUUGUCAAGGCAAGGCUCUCUUACGCUUCCCCCGCCUUUGUGUGGAAAAACGGUGGACGAAGUGUGGUUGGAGAUACACCAGAGUCAGCAAGAACAGCCACAGAGUGGUGGUGGUACUGUUAGCAGCAAUGUCCAAAAUCCGGGUUCUACCCCUUGGCAACCCACUUUUGGAGAGAUGACACUGGAGGAUUUCUUAGUUAGAGCAGGGGUAGUUCGGGAACAGUGCAAUCCAAUCCUGCCAGCUCAGCAUCAGCAGCAGCCGUGCAGGUUGUACCAGAACAAUAAUAACCCUGGAGUAGGCCCUAGUUUUGUUCAGAGGUCCAUCAUGGCUUUAGGUAUAGGUGGCGGUGGCGGUGGCGACAACAGUGGUGUUAAUAUGCCAACGUACCAAGCAUUGCCUCAGGGUGGUGUUGGUGGAGUAGGCGAGCCAGCAGCGUAUGCGGGAAAUGGGAAGAGGAGUGGUGGUGGGUACCCACCACCGCCAUCCACGGUGUGUUAUGGUAGUGGUAGAGUUGGGAAUGUUGGUGGUGGUGGUGGUAGUGGCGGUGGGUAUGGGCAGGGGCAGGGGCAGGUGUUGGGGAUGGAGUUGCCAUUGAGUCCAGUGUCAUCAGAUGGAAUGUGCCCAAGUCAAGGGGAUGGGAGGAAUCAGUUUGGGAUGGAUAUGGGCGGGAUGAGGGGGGGACGGAAGCGGAUCAUAGAUGGUCCGGUGGAGAAGGUGGUGGAGCGGAGGCAACGCCGGAUGAUUAAAAACCGGGAGUCCGCUGCAAGGUCUAGAGCCAGGAAGCAGGCCUACACAGUUGAACUGGAAGCAGAACUGAACCAGUUGAAAGAAGAGAAUGCUCAGCUAAAACAAACUCUGGCUGAGCUUGAAAGGAAAAGAAAGCAACAGAUGUGGUGCAACCUGAUGAUGCUAUUCCACUUGGAGUAUUUUGAGGAAGCAAAAAUGAAGGCUCAGACCAAAGCUCAGAAGGCCAAAGAGAAAAUGCAGGUUAUGAGGAGAACUUCGAGUUGCCCAUUGUGAAGUCCAGAGCAAGAUCAAGAUCAAGGAUCAAGAUCAGAUGACUAGUUUGCGACUAUGAUUUUAGAGAAGGAAAAAUAGAAUAAGCUAGUUCAGUGCUAAAUUAUACAAAGGUUUUUGUUUUUUUUUUUUUGGGUGUCUCUGUUAUAACCCAACACAAAGUGUGUUUGCUCUCACAAAAAGUGCUUGUAUGUAUAGUUCAGCUCAGUUCAGUUCUUUGAAGUCUUCCUCAGCAUAGACAAUCAAUGCUUUGUUUAUAUUUUGAAACUGUGGAGGAAAAGAAAAGAGUGCUGCUACUUUUCUUUUUUGAACCCCUCAUUUCUUUUAUUUUUUUUAAUUCAAAUUUUGUGCAAACAUGAAAUUAUAUUUUUACCCUCAUCCCUAACAUUCUACUCCUAAUUUUCCAAACCCUAACCCUAACAGUGAUAACCCAUUGGUCAACAACCUCCACUAAAGCUCCGGCGGUGCACUCCGACGAUACUCCUCAGCUCAUACUUGCUGCCAUUCACCACCGCCCAACCCCUCAACCUCCCCUUGACCCUCGUCCACCACCCCGGCCACCUAUCAACCCAUUCUCACCCACCACCGCCAUAGCCCAACCCCAUCUUGACCCGCAAUCUCUCUCUCUCUCUCUCUCUCUCUCUCUCUCUGUAUGACCUUUUUUUCUGUAAUCUCUCUCCCUUUGUCCUUUCUCCACUGCAUCGCCACCCUCAACCCAUCCCUAACCACCACCGUCACUACCCAUUGCCAUCUCCACCGGACAUCAUCUCUCUCUCUCUCUCUCUGCGCACGCGCGCUGCAAUUGCGACAUCGCUGAGGCCGUAGAUGAGGACUACGCUGACCACGAAGCUCGGGUUGAACUGGCUUGAGAGCAUUUGGAGCUAUUGGAGUGGUUCGACGAUAAGUAAGAUUAAUGGGUUUUGUGAUCUGGGUUGGUGGUUGGAGAUUGGCCUGAGGAAAAGUAGUCACCAGAGGUAAGAGGCUUUGUGUCGGAAUCUUGGGUUUCUGGGGAGCAUAUGUUUCAGAAUCAAAGCAUGGAUCUGAAGAAGAAGAAAGUAUGGGAUGCGAGAGAGGGAGAGGGGGGGAUUAGGUUAGGGUUUGGAAAUGGAAAGGGCAGAGGUUGUCGGUGAACGAUUGCCGGCAGUGGAAACAUUGCUAGAAGAAGAAGAAGAGUUGGGUGUCCAAAGAUAAGGAUAUAGUUGAUAUUAAGGUGGGGGGUUCAAAGAGAAAAUGUGAGGGUUUCAAUUAAUUUUAGGUAGAGAUUAAAAGAAAUGGGGGGUCCAAAAUAAAAAGGUGGGGGCAUAUAUAGCAGGCCUCAAAAAAAACAAGGAGAUGAAAUCACUUAUACCUAGUUGUUUCUAGGAAUUAUCGACCAAAAAAAAAAAAAAAGAAAGAAGAAGAAUUUUCAGAUAGAUGACUAUAUUUUCUUGUCAAUUUCUCAACCAACCAAACAAAGUUAGGAAUUAGUUAAUUCAUAUAAUUUUAAUUUUUGUUUCAUUUUUCUUUAAGCUAGGUUUGGUAUGUGGGCAGGGCCGGCCCUGCCCUAAGGCAGGUAAGGCUUGUGCCUUAGGUCCCAUAUUUUGGCCUCAUAUUUUGGCCUAAAAAUAGGGCCCCUAAAUUUAAAAAAUUGUUAUAGGUU